AUGUGUAUAUCAGAUAGCGACAAGUUUAUUGCAAACUUUGUUGAAAUUAAACGUGGUGAUAAACAAAAAUCGCUAGAAUUAUUACGAAGCUGCUUAAAAUGGAGAUUGGAAUUUAAAGUUAACGAUAUUACUACCGAGUCCAUUAAUACCGGCGUAAUUCAAGCUGGUGUAUUAUUCGUGCGCAAUCAUGAUAAAAACGGGAGGCCGAUAUUAGUAUUUAGCGGAAGGAAGCACCAGAAGGACACGGUGGCUCAUGCGGGUGGCAAGCAAUUAUUUGUGUAUUUAAUGGAAAAGCUGGAUAUGCAGUUUGUAAAAUUCGUUAUCAGUUGCUUUGAAAAUUAUUAUCCUGGGUUAUUAGGAGUUUUAGUAAUUUUGGAAUUGCCAUGGACAUUAAAUGCUGCAUGGAAAAUAAUAAAGACAUGGUUAAGUAAGGAAGCUUUAGAGAUAAUCAAGCUUUACGAUGAUGCCAUCUCAACCACUGACUCAGUGGAGGUAACUAAUGGUAAUGUGGAAGAGGACAUGAGCAGUCAUGAAGAAGAAAAGCGAAAGCGACAUGUCCAUUUCAAUGACAAUGUUGAAGAAAUAGUUAUGCCUCAGAACUCGGAGACUGCACUGCCAAAUACGUUGCGGCAAAGAUCUAGGCCAGUAAUUGAGUCACCAGGGUUUCCUUCUUCACCAGUAUCAGCUGUUGGUAUUUUAUUAGCUAUUAAUCCUUUAGAUGAGAUUAUCUUCAUGGGAGCGACCACUCCCAAUAAAGAAGAAGUUAAAGAAUGCGUAACUUUAACCAAUCUAUCAACGCAGCCCGUUGCUUUUAAGAUAAAAACUACUUCUCCAGGAAACUAUAAAGUUAGACCGAGUGUAGGGCUAAUCCGUCCUAAAUCAUCAGCUACUAUAAAUAUCACUCUUUUACCCGGUCGCUCUCAUUUGGUAAUAAGAGACAAAUUUCUUAUAUUGUCGACUGCCUUAUCUAGUAAGAAUAUGGGAGGUGAUGUAACAUCGUGGUGGAAAUCGGUCUUGCCUAGUAAUAUUAUGGAACAUAGACUAUUGUGUCGAUUUACUCUAUCCAAAGGUAUGGAAGAUAGCUUUCUAGCGACAGAAUCAGACGAUAUUGUUGAAAUGAAGAAUUUAAUUGUUCAUCUUACGACCCAGAGUAGCAUUCUGCGGUAA